GCGCUCAGGAACAUGGAGUUUGCUGCACUGUCAGAGAUCCCACCAUGCCUGCAUUCAAAUCCCACUGCCAAGUACCCACGAUUCCCUUUCCUGAUUGGGGAACAUCCUCUCCUGAUUUCCAAAACUGUUGACGGAACUGCCAUGGUAACCAACUUUCGGUUCUGCGUCUGUGAGGAGACCAUCGUCAAUAUUCCACUGAUGAUGGUUGGUGAUCUGCUUGUUAGCGAGGCUGCCAAGCGACUGAGGAUCAGCUGUAAAGAUGGCUCCACGUACAGCUGCACUUUUGCCACCACUGGAGAUUGCCAGGCUUGCACAGCCUUGUUGAAGGAGAAGACUGGCAUGCCUCAAAGCCUCAUGGACCUGUUUGCCUACAGGUUUUACGCUGUGGCCAUGCACAGAAGGGGUCUGGGGGCUAACCUGACGAGGUUGGAGGAGGAACACAUCUCACUUUGUCAGCCAGUAAACCCAAUAUUUGCCUACAACUUCGACAAGGAAACAGAACGUUUGCAGUUUGACACCAGCAAGCAGGGAGCCUGGCGCAAGAGCCUGGCUAACAAAAACUACGAGCUAUGUCCCACCUAUCCCAAGUUCCACAUCCUGCCAGCCGCAGUGGACGACGAUCGGCUGAAAGCCAGCCUGGAUUUCCGAGCCUUGAAGAGAUUUCCAUCGGUUGUCUGGAGAGACAAGCAGACGGGGAUGGUCCUGAUCCGCAGCAGCCAGCCUCUGUCCAGCUUCCUGGGUGUGAGCUACUUCACCAACCAGGCGGAUGUUUCUUUGAUUGAAGAGAUUGUCAAUGCCUGCAACAGGUUUCUGGCCAUUGUUGACUGUCGCAGUCUUGCUGGAGUCUGGGGCAACAGUUUUAAAGGUGGCGGUACAGAGGAUGAAGCUAUUUACAAAUGCAACACGGUCCACUUGGACCUUGCCAACAUUCACAAUGUGAGAGACAGUUUCAACAAACUACGUCUGCUGUGCCAUGCAUACGUGGAGGGAACGUUUUUAAAGAGUCUGUCCAGCUGCAUGUGGCCAUCUUAUAUCUCAGCCCUGUUGCGUGGUGCUAACAUUGUCAUGGAGCUGAUGCAUGUGAUGAAGCGACCAGUGCUGGUCCACUGCUCUGACGGGUGGGACAGGACAUCUCAGAUUGUGUCUCUGUCGGAGCUGAUGAUGGAUCCUUACUACAGGACUUUGGAAGGAUUUCAGGUGCUGGUGGAAAGAGAAUGGUUACACUUUGGCCACAAGUUUGGAGAGCGCGGGGGUCACGACCCUAAAUGCAGUGACACAAAUCAGAUCAGUCCCAUCUUCCUUCAGUUUCUCGACUGCGUCUACCAGCUGACCCUGCAGCAUCCUGCCAGAUUUCAGUUCAACGAAGCUUAUCUGAUAAAACUCCUCCAGCAUUCCUACGCUUGCCUGUUUGGCAAUUUCCUGCACAACUGCCAGAGGGAGAGGGAUGCCUGCCAACUGAAAACAGCCUCGGUGUGGGCAUUGCUGCGUCCGGAGAAGGUGCAGUUUGUCAACUUGCUGUACAAGCCUUCAGAUCAGGUCCUGAAGGCCAAGUGCAGUGAGCAGGACAUUGUGCUGUGGAAGUCUGUCUACAUGGGUUCGUCGCUGCACAUCAGCCAGACAGACUUUCACAGUGAGGCCAGCCCAGCAGCUGCAGGCAGCAGAUCGGACCUGGCCGCAUCUGGUGGGAUGCUUAGAUCCAAGAAUAACUUUGCCUACACAAAGCAUCAACCAGAGCUCAGUCCUAGCUCCACUGCUGGGGUUGAAAAUAUUAUUCUGAAAGAAAGCUUUCGAAGACCUGAGGACUCUCAAAGACCUAUCAUGAAUUCCACUAAUUUGUGUAGUUCCUGUAAAGACUGUGAUAGCGAAAUUCAUUGUGGCUUCGAAGGGACUACCUGUCGCAGUUGUGACCUGUCUUUGUUUAAUUCCUUAGAUUUUUUCAAAAGGAAUAACUUUAAUAGUUCCGGAGCUUGUGCUGGCAAUGAUGUGUCCUUGGAUACCUUCCCAGAUAAAGUAGAGGGGAAAAACUUGAUGUCACCUUCAAAGUCAUGCUACACAAAUCCUUUGGAAUUUACCAUCAGCCAUGAAAGUCUCUUGCCAGCCGCAGCUCAUACCCCUUCAUCACCAUUAUUAUCUUUGCAUGUGUCGUCCAAGAAGCGUGAUAACCACCCAGCGGAGAAAAAUGAUGACUUUUGUGAGUCAGAUUUGUUGUCGAGGCUAUCAGGGACAGCAGUGGGUGCCAGUCAGGGUUUGAAUUCAUCCGCCACUUGCCCUUGCAGCAGGCCGGAGGCUGGUGACAGGCGUCAUGUCAACGGAAGUGAGGUGAUAUUCAGAAGGUUGCUGCAGGCAAGUGUGGCAACAAGCACCACGGAUACCAGUGAUUUCAGCAUUGGCCAGCCUUCUCAGUUUCUCGUGGCAACACCCACUGUGAAACACCAGCCAAGAAUAAAGAAACACAUCGAUGUGGAUGGAUUGACCAUGUUCUGUGACGAACGACAGGACUUGGUGGCUGAACUUCUUUCUGAGAAAGACUCCAGAAUUUUGGACUUGGAGCGACAACUGAGUCAGGCACGACAGAAGUAUAUCCGUAUGUUGAAGAGAUGCAGGGGCUGGCAACUGCAGGCCUCUCUGUGUGGUAAUCUUGUAAGUAGCAAAUUUGUAGCAAAUUACAGAAUGGCUGAUUCAAACAGAAGUCAAUGGAGCACCCUGGGCUCUGCCUCUGAUGCCAGUUGUGAGACCCUGGAUGAGUCAGUAAGAACUGUGUUGCCAUGGGUGACAGACCUGACUGUGACUCAAUGUGCUGGAUGUGCUGCUCAGUUUGGGAUGUCAAGAUGGAAGCACCACUGUUGUUACUGUGUUAAAUCUUUCUGUGGCGAAUGUUCCACUGUCCUGACACGGGUAGCAGAAUUCAGCAAACCAGAACAGUUUCACAAGAAACCAGAACGAAUCUGUCAAUGUUGCCAUUCCCAGUUUCUCCAGCUGAGCCCAGGAGCUGCUUCCGACGGACGGGUCCCCACUCUUGCCGCAGAUAGUUAA